GUCGGAUCUGAUUGGAAAUAGACAAGAAGGCUCUUUUCGGCUUGGCUCUUCCUUUUUAGGGUUCCGAUUACGGCCGACGAGAUUGAUGAGAUUGUGGAAUCCAAUCAUGCUUAAAUGUCCGUUCUCGGACCAUAGAUGGACCAUAAGUGGUUUUGAAGGCAAGACUUGGAACCACGGGCGACAUGGAUAUAAAAGAUGGAGACUACAUCUAGCCUAUGUGAUUACCACUAACCUACUGUGCAUUUUUGGAUUGCUAUGUCUUCCCCGAGGCUCUGGAGUUGUUUUGGUUUCAAGGACACAACAAUUAGAGGAAGAUGGUUGUUUGUGUUAGAUAUAUGAAAGCUUGUAUGUUCCCUUUUCCUUG